UUCUUCUCUAUAUUAUCUAUAAGUGUGGGAAAUUUCAUACUUCACCGUCCACGCAAUUUUCGUAAAAAGGGAUACAAAGUUUUUGCUUCACGUAUUAGUUCUUUGAAACAUUUCGAAUGUUUUACAGUUUUAGCGGAAAAUCGUCGGCUGAAUCUUAAACUGAAAUAGCCUCUCAAGGCAAUAGCCAAAGCCUCUCAAGCAUAGGUAGCAAAAAAUAAAUUGAAUGUUCUGGAACAAUGUAGACAUAGACGAAACGAAUUAAAAAUGUGGUAUAGACGAUAAACACAGUGCUAUCACUCAAAGCGAAGCGAGAAACGGAUCACCUCAAGAAAGGGAAGAAGUGGAUUUUGAUGGUCCAAUCACCACAUCUCGGUCUACUGUUUCUGGCCGUGACCCUAGUCCACAGCUCCGAAGGGCACGCGAAGGUCUUCACGAGAUGCCAACUAUCCAGAGAGCUUUUAAGAUACAACUUUCCAAGAGCUUUGAUCCCGACUUGGGUAUGCCUCAUAGAGCAUAUGAGCAGCAGAACAACCGAGAAGAUUACGAACCACAACAACUCCUACUCUAGCUACGGAUUGUUCCAGAUUAACAACAAAGAUUGGUGCAAGAAAGGCAGGAAGGGCGGAAAUUGCAACAUGAAAUGUGAAGAUCUCCUGAACGAAGACCUGGCGGAUGACGUUAGAUGCGCAAAACGGGUAUACGAUAGAAUCGGAUUCAAGGCCUGGCCGUCUUCUUACUCCUACUGCAAACAGAAGAACCUACCAGACAUCUCCAGAUGCUGAACGCCUCUACCAAAGAUACCAUCCAAUUAAUUGUGUUCUCUUUUUUUAUAUAUACGUCGCACGCUGUAGUUGUUCGGUAAUAAAUGUUUUUUCUCAAUA